AUGGCCGCGAACACUUUCCAACCCAUAAUAACCGGCUCAGCCGACAUAAAGGCCGCCCAGAAAAGGCGCAAUAUCUACAUCCGCCCCUUCCUCCUCUUCUGGCUGGCCUCGUUCUUCGCCGAAACCAUCUUCCUCGCCGUCGGAAUCUUCAUCAUGACCGGCACGCACGACCUGUUCUACAAAGUCAUGUGGACGCUCGUCUUUUGCCCGCUAGGGAUGGGCGGGGCAAUGGGCGGCCUGAUCAAUACUUUCAUCGUCGACCACCACUACGGCAAGAAGGCGGCGCAUUUCACGGGCGUUCUCUCCCUGCUGGUCCUCAGCACGUGCAAUUACCUCUGCUAUACUCUGGAUACGCAUUUCGGCUGGUUUGGCGCGAAGGACCAUCCGAUGUGGUUUCAUUGGCGGUACCCGAUGAUCUGGGCGGUUGGAUAUGCGAAUGGGCUGCUACUGUUUACCGAUGGGGGGCAGGAGAGGCUUGCUAGGAUGGGACUGUAG